AUGCCGAUAACAUUUCUUGUCAUCGUGAGUACCGCCUUCGUGUGCUCACACGCCUUCGGUGCGAGUAGCUACUUGGGACUUCCCCUGGGGACGCCACUCGGAGGAUUUUCACAACACGGCACUCUUCACGGUGGUUUCAUCCCCAGUGGUCUUUAUGACAACGGUGCAUCCCUUGUCAACCACGGACUGUCACUGGGAUAUUUGCCACGACCGAUAUCCGGGAAUGGAGGCUACUUGGACUACGCAUACAGUACUGGUGCACAUUUUGGAAAUCCUUAUGGAAGUGCAAGAUUUCUCAAAUAUUUAUACGGAAACCGCCUAGGCCUCGCCAAUUCAUACGGCGCUCUACCAAACGUAAGAGUCGAUGGAAUUAGCGAGGCUGAGGAUGAAACGUCGUCUGGCUUUGAAUCAGAGAGCUCGCUUGGUGCUACGAACGAUGCAGGUUUCAUUUCCAACAACCAAAACUUAGCUUCCACUCAAAAUGGAGUUUCUAGCUUACAUUCCAGUCCUAUUGCUGCUUUGGGUGUCCUCCCCCUCUGUUGUUGGACCUUAUACUUCCGUUGCUAGUUUAAGCGGAUUCCCUUAUAACAUUCG